AUGCACAUUGUCGCUAUGAUCAUGUGAAGCCCAACUUACAUCAUUGCUGACCGUCACCAUCUCCGGGUGAGCGCUCGAACGCGUGAUUGUGUGGGCGGUUCAUUGCUCCGCCAGCCCGAAUACCGCUCCGAUGAUAAGUUCGUCUUUGCCGCGGUCAAUCACCGGCUCAACGCAUUUGGCUUCUUGAGUUCCAAGGACCUACAAGAAGUUGACAAGGAUGGGCUGAGUGGAAACAAAUGUAUGGUGUGUCAUGAUGAAUCGCAUUCGAUCAUUUUCCGUUUUGGAGAUCGCGAGCGCUCUCAGUGGCCGAAGGCAGCGGGGGCCGCCGCCCUCAAAUACCAGAGGGCGCUCGGCCAAGCAUCAUUGCAAGGAUCGCGCUCGACAGCGCGCGCAGAGCUGGCGGGCAGCUGGCGGGGGGAUUUGGAAUUUGGUAUUUGA